AUGCAUGCCUAUAUCUGGGCACAAGGAGAUGAUGUUUGGGAUUUGGUUUUGGAAGGAUAUGUUGCACCUACCAAGACUGAGAGAACUAUUGAGAAACGGAAGAUUGAGACAAAAGAUGGUGUAGAAGAGAAAGAUGUUGGGGUUAGUGAAUUUCAAAUUCCCAAGCCCAAGAUAGAAUGGACUACUGAAGAAAAGGCUAUGAGUGUUUAUAAUCAGAAAGGCAUACAUGCCAUAUUUGAUGUUGUAUCUUCCGAACAGUUUGCACAUAUCAGAAAUUGUCAAACGUCAAUGGAAGCAUGGGAUAACCUUAUGAUUGUUCAUGAGGGGAAUAAUAAGGUCAAAAAAUCAAAGCUGCAAAGACUUACAUCACAGUUUGAAAAACUCGAAAUGCCUUAUGUUGAAUUCUAUGAAAAAAUUAUUGGGAUAGUAAAUAGUUGUGCAAGCUUGGGAAAAGUUAAACUAGAAGUGGACGUAGUAGAAAAAAUUCUGAGAUCAUUGCCUGUCAGACUUCAUCCCAAGAAGACUGCCAUAGAAGAGGCAAGAGAUAUAGAUACUUUUUCUCUUGCUGAUCUUAGUGGAGCCUUGCAAACCUAUGAGUCAGAGUUGUGUCCUAUAAAGAAGGCAAAUUUAGUAUUGAAAGUUAUAAAAGAAGAAGAUGAUGAUUGUAAUGAGAUUGAUCCGAAGCAACUUGCCUUAAUCACUCGUCAUUUUCAAAAGCUACUGAAGAAGCAAAAUUCUAAAGGAAGUGGUUCAAGUACAAGAUCUCCUAUAAACAAGACGUCAAAAGAUGGGUCUCAAAGAUUCAUUCCCAAGUCUGAAGGAAGGAAGUGUUAUGCAUGUUCAGGGUAUGGACAUGAAGACAAAGAGUGUGCAAACACUAUCUCUAAACAAAAAGAGGAGAAGAAAGCCAUGAAAGCCUCUUAUAAUUCUUGGAGUGAUAGUGAGUCAAAUAUGUUUGAGGUUGAGGAGGAAGAGAUUGCUUUUGUUGCCCUUGAAAACAAUGAUGAAUAUGAUGAUUCAUAUGAGGAGGACGUAGUUAUUGAAGAAACCAGAGAAAGGUACAAGGAAUUGUAUCUUAACUUUGACAAAGUGAAGAAACAAAAUGAUGGACUCAAGAUCAAAGUGUCAAAAAAAAAGGAUGAGUGGCAGAGGACUGAAACAUCUCUUCGAUCCCAAGUCAACAACUUACUUGCUGAGAGAGACUUGUUGAAGGAAAAGCUCAAGGAAGCUGAGAAGAAAUUGCACAGAUUGAUCAUAUAG